AUGUUCAGAUUCUUCCCAUUAUCACCAUUUCUCACUGUGCAGUUCACUGACACACUAUCUGAGACACCCCAACAGAUCGUCACCAAAUAUAAAAACUAUCACACGAUAUGCAGUGGCCUGGGAUACAAAGAAAAAUCUUGUUGUACGAUAUACUCUGUUGUAGGUGUUGUCGUAUUCCAGGCCCUGCUAAAGAACUCAAUAUCAAAUCUUGGACAACAUAAUUCGGUUAAAUUUGACACAGUGAAGCUAAAUGAAGGAUCAGGAUGUGACGUAAAAACGGAAAAAUUUACUGCUCCGGAGGAUGGGGUUUUCUCCUUUAGCUGGAAUGUUGUGGUUUAUUCGGGAACAGAGUUUCAUACGGAGAUUGUGAAGAAUGGUAACGCCGUUGCUUAUAAUUACGCCGAUGGAAACAUGGUAAAGAGUGGUUAUUACCUAACAAGCUCAUCCACGGUCAACAUGAAAAUGAAGAAAAGAGAACAAGUGUGGAUCAGAGCACACUACAAAGGACAGUACCUACUUGGUGGUUAUUUUUCAUAUUUUUCUGGCUUUAAAUUGUAGCCAUUCAAUCCAAUUUGACAAUAAAUAUAUGCGUUUC